AUGCCGACCGACAAUCUCAACUUUUCUUGCGCCCUGGUAACCGGUGGAGGUGGCGGAAUCGGGAAAGCGAUCGCCUCGUACCUCGUCUCCAAAGGCAAAAAGGUGAUCAUCGCUGGCCGAACCGAGUCAAACCUGAAAGCAACAUCCAAAGAAAUCGGCGCGACUGCCUACUAUGUCCUCGAUACAGGGGUCGUGGGCCAAAUUCCGGCCUUCAUCUCUCGCAUUACGAACGAGCAUCCUGAACUAGAUUGUGUGAUCAAUAACGCCGGGGUCCAGAGACCUUUGGAUCUAGUGAAAGAACCUCUAGAGGAUGUUUUCCAGAAAGCCGAUCAGGAAAUCGAUAUCAACAUGCGCGGACCGAUGCACCUCACUCUGGGUCUGCUCGAGCAUUUCAAAACAAAGCCAAACGGAGCCGUGAUCGUCAACGUGUCCUCGGUCCUGGCAUUCGUCCCUUUCGCUCCCAUCAACCCUUCCUACAGCGGGACGAAAGCGUGGUUGCAUUUCUGGAGCAUGAAUCUCCGCACGCAGUUGCAACAGAGCGGGCUCGAGAAAAUUCGAAUCAUUGAGAUUGCGCCCCCGACGGUGGGGACGGAUUUGCAUCGCGACAGGGAAGACCCCGAUGACAACAAAAAGCACAACAAUCCUAAUGCAAUGUCGAUCGAGGAGUUCAUGGACGAUGUAAGCGCGAAGUGGGAGCAAGGGGAAGAAAUGAUCGCAUCGGGAAUGAGUGGGGACUUGGUGGACCGCUGGUAUCGGGAAUUUGGCGGGUUUUACGAAGAAAAGACUCGCUAG